AUGACUUCAUCAAGAAGCAACAGCAGGAGCAGAAGUAGGAGCCGCAGUCGCAGCAGGAGCAGGAGCCGCAGUCCUCGGCGAAGAGAUAGGUUGCGCAGUGAACGUGCACCCCGCCGCAGUCGCAGUCGCAGCAGGAGCCGCAGUCCAUACCGUCGCAGAGAACGGCGUGGCUACAGGGAUCUUGUAUGCAAGAACUGCCGGAGACCUGGGCACUUCGCUAAGGAGUGCCCAUCUGCGCCUACGUGCAAUAACUGUAAUCUUCCAGGCCACUUCGCAGCAGAAUGCACCUCACAAACUGUUUGCUGGAACUGCAAAGAGUCUGGGCACAUUGCCACUGAGUGCAAGAAUGAGGCCCUGUGCCACACCUGCAACAAGACAGGUCACUUGGCACGUGAUUGCCCUACUUCAGGGGCUAACGCUAAGCUAUGCAACAAAUGUUUUAAACCAGGCCACAUCGCUGUUGACUGCACCAAUGAACGGGCCUGCAACAACUGCCGUCAGUCAGGGCACAUAGCUCGGGAGUGCAAGAACGACCCGGUUUGCAACCUAUGCAAUGUCUCUGGUCAUGUUGCCCGCGUCUGUCCAAAGACGACUCUGGCUUCAGAGAUACAGGGUGGCCCAUUCCGUGAUAUCCUUUGCCGCAUCUGUGGUCAGCCAGGGCACAUCAGCCGCAACUGCAUUGCAACCAUCAUCUGUGACACAUGCGGUGGGAGGGGGCACAUGUCUUAUGAGUGCCCAUCGGCCAGGAUAUUCGAUCGCGGGCUCCGCAGGUUCUGA